AUGCUCACGAUGGCGCCAAAUCUCACGCUACUAUCGGACCUGACGCCACCCUCGCUCGAGCGAACCUGGCUCACAGCACCCCACCCCACGCUCCCGCUCGUGGCAACAUGCAGCUCCGAUAAGACGGUGCGGGUGUACUCGCUCACGAACUUCAAGCUCCUCUCAACCAUUACCGGCGGGCACAAGCGGAGCGUGCGAACAUGCGCGUGGAAGCCUCAUGUGCAAGGCGAGAGCGUGCUUGCCACUGGUAGCUUUGACGCCACGGUUGGGAUUUGGCGGCGGUGGGACAGCUACGGGCGGGUCGGUGUCAUGGUCGCCGUGGGGAUGCUGCUUGCGACAUGUGCGCGGGACAAGUCGAUUUGGAUCUGGGAGGAUCUGGAUGAUGGGGACAACAAUUUUGAGACGGUUGCUGUGAUGCAGGAGCAUGGCGGCGAUGUGAAAUGCGUCUCGUGGCAUCCUGUGGAAGAAUGUCUGGCCAGUGGGGGUUAUGACGAUACUAUUCGAUUAUGGCGAGAAGACCUCGACGACUGGGGCCAAGUGGCGUGCAUCAAGAAGCAUGAGGGAACCGUGUGGGCUUUGGACUGGGAAGGUCCUGAAACCACCCCUCAUUCGUCAGAGCAGAGUCUGCAAGCUCAAUGGCGGGAGCAGCGUGCACUAUCGGGCCCUCGACUGGUGUCCUGCUCAGAUGACCGCACAGUUCGAAUCUGGCGUCGCUUGCCUAAGGAAUCUGCACUGCCGAGCACGCUCUCCUCUGCAGCAACUGGCAUUCCCAGUAUUAUUCGGCCGACAGGUACCGACGAGACUUGGGAGGAGGAUGCAGUGCUGCCACAGUCGCAUGCCCUUGUGGUGUAUUCCGUUGCUUGGAGCCACAAGUCAGGUCUCCUUGCAUCCGUCGGCGCUGAUGGGCGAAUUGUCGUGUACGAGGAACGACUGGUUGCGUCCACACCCGAUACAGACGCAAUGGAUACCGAAUCAGAGAGCAGAGCUCCAUUAAAAACCGAGUGGGUGAUUCUUGCCGUGGUCAAUGGCGCGCACGGCAUCUAUGAAAUAAAUCAUGUUGCAUGGGCCAAAAGAGCAGACCGUGGCUCUUCAGAUGGAGAGGAGGUUCUGAUCACAACAGCAGACGAUGGGAGUGUGAAGGUAUGGACGCUGCAGCCGUAA